AUGAGCUCGAGCUUGACGGUGGACGACUUGCGAGCGCAACUUUCUCAGCUUGGUCUUUCCACUCGCGGACACCGACCCGAGCUGCGCGCUCGAUUGAAACGCAGUCGCAUCAGGCAGGAAGCGCCACCCGCGUUGGCAGGUUUGGGUGAGAUGGCGGUGAUGGGAAGCUUGUCGGGCAUCUCGACAGACUCGCAGUGCUCGAGUGCGGGCGAACGGAGCACGAUGCACAGCGCGCCCCUCACACCCCGCACGUCCAAAUCAUCUGCCAGCCCUCGUUCUCCCGUGCCGAGCUUGGCCUCGCCCAGAUCCUUCGCUACGCCGACAAGCCCGAGCAGGCAGAGCAGGGAUGGGCCAAAGAGGAACAGCGGUCGGCUGAAACCUUGUCGAUCUGCCAAUCAUCCUUUGUCCCCCGCUAUCGAUGGGUACAUGUCUCGUCCCGUCAGCGCCGUCUACCAGAAUGCGCUCGGCGAGGCCUCUACCUCCUCCGCCACCAGCGUGACUCAGUCUCCCUCUGCGAGCAGGCUGGGAGCAGAGCAGGAGUUGGAGCACUACGACUCAUUUCUCGUCUUGGAUGUGGAGGCGACUUGCGAGCGAGGGCCACCACAGAGAACGCGAAGCGCUAGCUUCGACUGGCCAAACGAGAGUGAGUGUAGCGUCGAUAAAAGGCAGGUCCAAGUUGCUUCGCAACAAAGACCCUCUCCCUUCAAAGGGGGGCGUCAAGUGGCACGGAUCGCCCUGCGCAGCGUCGGUUCUGGUCAGUUGUGGUCCACUGACACAUGUAACACCAAUCCCUUGCCCCACCACAGUCAUCGAAUUGCCUGUCAUACUGCUGCAAUGGAAGCCGCGCCGGGCAAUACAAGUCCAUCAGCUGGAACAGCGAGCGACCGCAUCCAACGUGCACCCACCCACUUCUCCUGCAGCGUUGCAUCGAAGUGCGGGACCUAGCUCACCUGCAUCGCCCAAGAACGAAAGCUAUCGGUCUACCGCCUCAUUGGCGCAAGACGAGCUGACGCAGCUGGCAGGACUGGGAGCAAACAAGGAUGCCAUAGAUGCGUUGCAAACGCCUUCAAGUGAGGACGAGCCAAGUCUGGUGGUAGUGGAUACCUUUCACACUUUUGUGAGACCGACUUGGCGCCCCCGCCUGACGCGCUUCUGCAGAGAGCUGACGGGCAUAGAUCAAGUGAGUGAGAAGGGGCCGAAUUGUGCGUCUGUUUUUGAUUGCAAAACAUGUGGUGCUGAAACGCUCAAACCCCGCUCAGUCGACUAUAGAUGCAGCUCCGACCUUUCCAGCAGCUCUGGACGCCCUCCGAGCUUUCUUGUCGCGACACUCGCUCCUCGAAGCACCCACCGGACCUCGAUCGCGGCCUUUGCCGGCACGAUCAAGAACAAAUGGCAGCUCGAGCUAUCGUCUUUCUGUUCCUUCGACUCCCUCGUCACCCGCCUUCGUAUCUAACGCGCCGUCCAAUACUGGUACGACAGCGACGGUCGCAUCGAGCGCUGGGGUGGCAGAAAGGCCGAUCCCAGCGCUCAGGCGAGGCGUGACGUGGGUCACGCAUGGGCCUUUUGAUCUGAGAGAUUUUGUAGUCAAGCAGUCCUUCAUGUCUGGCUUUGAUGGACCUCCGCGCUUCAUGCGCGGACCGCUGAUCGACGUGAGGAAAAGUAUACAGACGCUUUACGACGUCGAGAGGCCUCUGCCUACUGAGAAAUGGGGCGACCACGAUGCUGUCAGCGCUCCGGGCGGAAAAGUCUCAGAGCAAGCUGCGCCUGGGCUGCACAACACGGAAGAAGGGACGACUGCAGCUUCAUCAACUUUGUACGAUUUCGCUUCGACGAACCCAAACACCACAGCAGCGACUUCGUUGGACGAGUUCCUGCCCGUCGAGCACCUUGCCAGGACAAGGACGCAGAAGCACGACUCCACUGACACGAGCGCCUCCAAACGUCGGUCAACGCACAUCAGCAGCGCAGGGAUGCAGCAGAGCAAAAAAGCGCCGAUACGCGACACGACCAUUAGCGGUUUGCUAGCAGUGUUGAAGCUGCAGCCGUUUGAGGGAAGAUUGCAUUCGGGCAUGGACGAUACGAGGAAUAUAGCUAGAUUGAUGCAAGAGUGCGCUCGAAGAGUCCUCGUAGCUUCGCGCAGCACUGCUCUAGCCGGCGAUUGUGAGGGAGAGGAGGAGGAGGAGGGGGGGAGGGGGGAGGAAAUGCAAGGUGAUGGCGAUGGAGGGAGAGGGCCCAACAAUGAAGAGUACCUCGUUAGCGCUAGGAGAAUGUCGGAUCUGGAGAGGAGGAGCAGACUGCUGAAGAGCUGUUUGCUUCCCAAUGUCAAUCUGGAAAAGGCGAUGGGAAGGAGGUGGCAUUGGAUGGGAGAUGUGCUGGGUCAGGUCAGCUGGGAUGCUCCGGAAGAGAGGGAUACAGACGUGGAAGAUGCUCAAGAUGCCUCCUUGGCGACUCUCUGA